UUUACGCGUGAAGAUGACGGCUCGGGGUCGCGUUCGGUAGCUGGGAAGAGAUUCGUCCCGCGAAGUGCAAUGAUGUCAAGAAAUUCCAUGGAAGAAGAAUCAUCAUCAAUCGGCGGAGGAGGUAGUGGUGCCGGAGAGCAACUGCUACUGUUCCUACAACAACAACAACAACAACGCAAACUCACUGACUGUGAAGCCGACGAUCAUGACGAACGAGGCAGGUGGUUACGCCGAGGUGGCUCACCACCAGCCAGUAGUGAACUGGUCGACGAAGUCGACGGAGCUCGCCCGUGGAGUACGAACAUCUACGAGAACUUGAUCGCGCCGGAACCGAUCAGCGGGCCGUACGGGAAGUUGCGCAAGUGCGAGGAAAACAUCUACGAGAACAUCUGCGAGGACUGUGGCCAGUUGUACGGCGCCGGUCGUUGCGGGUUCUGUGCCGUUGACGACGAAGCGGGGUCCGACCGGAACAGUGAAACGAGUGCGCGAAAGUUCCGUCGCAAGUACAGUGCAAAGUUUCAGGAGUUUCUGGGGAAGUUCCCGCGCAUUCGGGCCCGGAACGUCGCGGAUAUAAAACGAAGGCAGCGGCCCCGGCCGUUGUCCAAGAGUGACAUUGUGCACAAUGCGGGCGGCUUCGAGGACGUGUUCCGGACGAACAAGUCGUUUGACCUGGGCGAGAUUUGCCGGAUGCGGGAUGAUGAGCGGGGAGUAGCGGGCAUCGAGGCGGGCCGAACGGACGACGGGGAAGAGGGAGAGAGCGAGCUGUCGAGCGCCGACUUGGAGUUGGUCUGCUCUGGUGGCACCAGCGGGCUGAAAGUGAAAAGUUUGAGUGCGAAUUUGAUCGACCUUUGUUCCGGUGCGAUUUACGAGAAUUUAACGCCCACCAACGAUAGUGACGACGAUUUGCUGUUUGGUGACGCAGAAGAUGACGACGCCGUGAACCACUGGAUGACGUCACUGCGAAGUUGCGUUGAAAGUUACGAGUGCGACAUUGGCGAGUACCACGUGAAAAGCAUUCCGUCGGUGACGUUCAACGACGUGGGGGAAGUUCGAGGGGGGUUCAGAGAGUAUCGCUCGCCCAUAAUUCCAAAGUUCUGCGAAUCAGACCUAGACGAUCGAAUCGCUGAAUUCCGUCUAAACUGGGAAAACAACCAAAGAAAACGACGACGCUUCAGCGCCGAAGACGACCACCUUUACGGCGACCCGGUCCUCGUCACAUUCGGCAGUGUCGAGUUCGAGGAGGUAUCGUCCUGCUGCUCGUCUGCGGGGGGAACCCUCACUCCGGGUAGUGUCAUCGUCAUCGAAGAACAAGAAGACCGCUCCGAGGUUGAGGAGGAGGAGCGGCCGCCGGUGAUAAGCCCGUAUCGGGCACCUCAGCUAUCGCUGAGCAAACACUACGACCGUCAGCCGAAUUCAGCUGUUUGCGAGUUGCGGUUACGGCUGCAAAAGUUCCACUUGGACGUCAGUCUGUGUCGAGUGGUGUUGACGUACACGCGUUGGCUCAAGGUGUUUGUGGUGCUUUCAAGGCUUGGAGGUUGUCGACGGGGGUUCAACAAACGUGAUUGGUAUCGGGUAGUGAUGACAAACCGGAGUACGGAGUCUACCGGGAGUGCCCUGCAGGACUCGGUCCGCAUCGAUCAGUACUUCCAGUUUCUGGAGGCCAACGAGACCAUGCUGAACCGGUUGGAGGACUUUCGACGACGGCGACGUCGCAAGGGUGAACUGCUGCCCAAUCCGGACCCAGAAGUCCAAAGCAACUCCAGCAGCACCAGCGGAGUCCACUCCGACCUGGACUGCUCGGAGCAGCAGAACAACAUCUACCAGCACAUCUGGACCUGCAAAACGGAACCCAACCCGGAACCGGUCUACGAAGAAGCUCCCUCCGAGCAGGAACACAUCUACGAGUACAUCCGGCUCGACCCUCCGCGGGACGACUCCGAGUGGGAGGUCGUCGACGAUUUUGCCUUCUCCAAACAGCUCCGCCCAGCGCCACCCCCCGUCCCCAACCGGAACAUCCGGCACCCGCUGGACCAGUACCGGAACGUCUGCAUCCUGCUGCACCCGUCCGAUCCCCGCGUCAACCGUAUCGUCUACAACUACCGCCGGGAUUACGUCUUUGACUAUCGUGACGACGAGUCCGCCUCGGAAACGUCCUCGUUCUGCUCGAGCUGCGGCGGCGUCGAGUCAUCGUCCUCGGAUGACGAAGCGCUUGACGAGCUGCUGCUGGAGAAACCCGCGGCCGUCAUUUCAACCGGCAGCUACUCGAUACCGGACUGCGUCCAGUAUUGGAAGUUUAUGCUGCUGAACGUCAACUACAACGACGACGAGGAGGACGUGAUCAUGACUGAAAAGACGAUCGCGGUGAUCGCGGACAACGUCGACCACAAAUCCGUCCCGGUGGAACCGCCGCCGGCCGACUCCGGUAAGCUGCCGACCCCGAUCGCGUCCCAGCUGCACAGUCCCAAGUUCUAUGGGCCGGCGGUGAUACGAUCGCCGAGCAAGUCGCAGAUCCCCGCCUCGGACAGCCCCGUCGGCACGUACAAGAGCAACGAGAACCUGGCGGAUGGUCCGGUGACGGCGACGCAGCCGUUGGAUAAGGAAAAGUCUCCGACGCCGAAGCGCGAGCGGUUGCGGGACAAGAUGAAGGCGGUUCUGCCGCUGAGUUCGUCGUGGAGUAGCGGCGGGAAUCAGGACGACGGGUUGGUGUUUGGGGUGGAGCUGGACCAGGUCGAGCGGGACGAUAAGCUGCAGGUGCCCCGGUUCGUCACGGAGGUCGUGGAGAUCCUCAAGGAGCCGGAGUUCAUCGAGACCAGCGGGCUGUACCGGGCUUCCGGGAACAAGAACUCGAUCGAAGGGAUCAAGAAGAAGCUGAACGAGAAGCGGUCGCCGAAGAAGUACGAGUUCCUGAAGAAGCAGGACGUGCACUCGCUGACGGGGUCGCUGAAGCUGUUCUUCCGGGAGCUGAAGAGCCCGUUGAUUGCGCGGGACGUGUACGAGAUGUGCGUUCAGAAAACCAAAGAUGAAGCCCAAACCAUUGAAAACAUUAAGUUUAGUUUAGAAAAGAUGGAACUGAUCAAUAGGAAUACACUGCGAUACCUAAUUCGUCACUUGCGAUGCGUGCAUCAGAACAGCGACGUCAACAUGAUGAACUCUUCGAACCUGGCCAUCGUGUGGGGCGCCUGCCUGUUCGCGUCCACCCUCGGCCUAAUGGAGAGCUACGAGAACAACGACCUGGGCCGGAUCAACACGCUGGUGCGGCAGCUGAUCGACCACUACGACAAGAUAUUCUACAGUGAGAGACGAAUCGACUAGAGGGAAUUCGGAAUUCGGUGUUGUUGUAAUUAGGUCGAGAUAAGUUAAAGUAUAGUCAUUAGUGAAUUGAAGAAAAGACAAAACUCCUGCCGGAAAUAUUCGCUGCUUUCAGUUAUUAAAUUUAUUUUUGUUUAUUUUUUGCUUAACUUAUUAGAAUGUAUAUUUUUGGAUUGUAGGAUUAAUGACGGAAGUUAUACUUCGUUAUAUAAUUGUUUUGUUAAGAAAUAAAUUUAUAAAAACGAGGUGCUCGUUCAAAAAA